AUGUCUACAGCUAUUGAACAACACGCAAUUCAUGCCCUCAAACUUGAUGACUCGCCAUCCUCAACACUCGUCUUCGAGGCCUUUGACUUGCCGGCCAGCAACCAGCGUGUACUCGGUGCUCCAGCUCCUAGCGGCACGGUCAUCCCUUUGGCUCUGCGUCCAUCUACCCCCAACGAUGCUGAAAUUAGUCUUGAUACAGUUGUCGAAACAGUAAAGACUCUCCAGGCAAAGGAAGGGCUAUUGACCCAGAAGCUUGCUCGUCACGGAACGCUGCUAUUCAGAGGCCUUCCGAUUUACAACGCCGAAGACUUCAGCAAGUUUGCCCAUGCUUUCGGUUACAAGCCCCACGAGAUCAUUGGUAUUGUGGUGGACCGGCCAAUUAUUGCCCCAAAUGUGGCUCCAGCAAACGAAGCACCAAAGGAAGUACUUAUCUACAACCACAACGAAUCACCACAAGUCCCACACGCUCCCGAAUAUAUCUUCUUCUAUUCGCACAGGGCACCAGCGAAGGGUGGUGAGACUCCUAUCUCAUCAUCACUUGAACUAUUCCACCGUGCACAGCAGGAGAUCCCAGAGUUCGUGACAGAGCUUUCUGAAAAGGGCAUCCUAAGCAAGGUCACCUACAAAGUAGGCAAAGAGUACGAAGGUGGAUCCACCUUGCAGCAAGCAUUUGGAAAGGAUUUUGAGGAAGGAGAUGAUGAGGUCACAAAGCGCAAGAAGAUCGAGGCUCAAAUCGCACGGUAUGGAAGAGGCAAGCACACGACAUGGGAAUGGACGGACGACGGCGUUAUUCUGACACAUAGGCUGCCCGCAAUCCGUACCCAACCUGAGACUAAGCUGCCCACUCUUUUCACCGGACUUGCGGCUUACUACAAGUAUCUUCACGGCAACAAUACAGCGAGAAAGAACGUUACGAGCCAGUUGUUUGGUGAUGGAACACCUAUCCCAGAAAAGUAUCUCGCACAUCUCGCAAAGCUCACCGAAGAGAUUCGCAUGCUUCACAAAUGGCAGCGGGGCGAUGUACUGGUCUUUGAUAACAUCAUCGCCCAACAUGGAAGAGAGCCAUGGGAAGGCGAACAGUCAGAUCGUGUUGUCCUUGCAAGUCUUUUUGAUGGUGAAGUACCUGGUGCAUAUAAUUCUGAGGACUGGGCUCAAGUUGUUCAAGCUCUUGACGGUUAG